AGGCGAACGGGACUGACUCGUGUUAAGGACCGCGCAUACAGACAAGGGAGAGAAAGACAGGAAAAGAGAAAGAGAAAGAGAUAGAGAAAGAGAAAGGUCGGGAAACUAUUUUAGGAGUUUGGAAAAUCCAAAAGUGGGCGAAGGUUUUUGGGGAAAGUACAAAGGCAUUAGACGGAAUAGACGCUGUCAAGCGGAGGAGGAGGAGGAGGAGGAGAGGGAGAGAGAGAGAGAGAGAAAGCACGAGUGAGAGCGGUAAAGAAAGGAAAAGGGGGGCGUGUAGUUAGGGGAGAGGAGAAAUAGUUGAAUACUUAAUCAGCAAGCGCGUUUGGGAAAGCACAGAGCAGGCGAAAUCGUCGGACGGAUUCUUCAAAACCAAGUCAGUAGUGAGUCGGACAGGAAGGAGGAUCCCCACGCGCAGGAACAUGGAGAUAACGACAGAUAAUGAACGGUAAAAAGCAUGUCACGAUCCGUUUUGUUUGUUCUCUCAGUGUUUAUAGUUAUUGGAAUUGGAAGCGGGUGUGAUGAUUUUAUGAAAACCGUCGUUUCUAAAUUUCAAACGACGAUCGACAAUGAAAGAACCAAAGGAUUUCCCCAGGUCUUCCCUGUCAAUUACGUUGUCUCUCACCAUUACAAUGCCAGUAUGCUGUGUUCACAUGACCCAUGUUGUGUGUUCGUUGCAGCUGCUGUCCUGUCCGACUCUUGGUCUCGGCUCCAGGGCCACUUGAACCGUGUUCACCUGAAACAUGAGCUUAUCAUCGAGCUCCAACGCACACUGGAUAAGCUUGCUGAUGGGAAAUUCCAGGAAAGUCCGGAUCCUUCCAUCUUUCCUGUUGUUCAGUCCUCCCCUGGGGUCCUUCUCUCCUACACCUCUGGCGUUUUCUCCCGGUGGAUGGAGCUGGACUGUGUGGAGAACCAGAGCAGCGACUGCGCCUCCCCCUCCGUGGACGAAUGGGAGGACGGAGAUGGAGGAGACGGCGUGAGGAGAGAGGAGGAGGAGGAGGAGGGGGGAGAGAGAGAGGAGGGUCUGCAUGGACUUGUGGAGGAGAGACGACCUGAGAGGGAAGGGGAGAGGCAGAGAAUUUGGGACACUCCCGCUCCGAGAAACAGGGAUUCGGAGAUGCGCGUUUUCCCAGGAUCCUCUCUGUGGAUGGUCACGUGGACGCUGAUGGUGGUAAUGAAGUGAGGGAGGUUUGAGAAAGCGAGAGAGAGAGGCAGAGAGACAGAGAGACAGAGGGUGAGAGAGACAGAGACAGAGAGACAGAGACAGAGGGUGAGAGAGAACCUUCCAUGGCGUUUGGAUCUCUUGUCCUCCCGUCAGGCUGUUGGGAUUACACAGUUUCAUUGGGACUGGAUUGAUAAUCUUACAAGAACUUUUAAUCCAACGGAGACUGAUAAUUCAACAGGAUGUAUUUCAAAAGUUAUAUGGACUGAUCCAGGGGCUCCUUUAACAUGAAGAGGCCUACGCACACACACACACACACA